AUGUUGUCAGCACUCAACACCGCCAAGCUCAAAGAAUCUGUGGGUCAGAGGUGUUUAAAGUUACUCCAGAAUAAAGACACAUUCUCCCACGCCAUCUAUCCGUUUGCUGCUGACGGCAUGGUUACCUGGUGGGGGCAUAAAUCCAUGGGCCAACCUGCCUUACGACAAGUCCUGCUGGCUACCAGCGCAUACCACAAAUCAUGCCUUGAGAGGAAUUCCAACGGUCACAGGUCUUUAUAUCUUCAGUCCGCCAUACAUUCCCUGCAACUGCGUACGAAAUCCAUCAAAGGGCUUCAGACCAUUCUGGACAACCUCACCGAUGCUUCGCUAGAAACAGCAAUUUUGAUUGUCGCUAAUAUGAUUUGCGUAGAGGCCGGUGCCGCACAGAUCCAUGCCGUUGACGCCCACAUGCACGGUCUGCGCAGACUCAUUUACAUGCAAGGUGGUUUAGACCUUUUGGACGACCUGGCUAUUUCUCCAAAAUACCGGUAUAUGUUGUAA